AUGGGCUUCCCAGUGGGUUACACAGAGGUCUUCGUCCCCAACCUCUUCCUCCACACCCUCUCCCUCUUGGGUUUCAUCCGCAGUUUCGUUAUCUCUCUCUUUCAAUUCUUGGGUAUUUAUGAUUUACUCGAUACCGAGGCGGGCGUCUGGCCGGACGCCCGGCCACAACAGCUCCUGCCCGGGUUUCAGACGCCCGCCUCGGUUCUCCUGAUGCGGGAAUUUCUACCCGUGAUCAGGUUCGAGGAUAUUGUCGGAGAGGUGCCGGAGAGCUGCGCUGUCUGCCUGCACGAGUUCGAUGGCAGCGACGAGAUCAGAUGCUUGAAGAAUUGCAAGCACAUUUUCCACCGGUCGUGUUUGGACCGUUGGAUGGACCACGACCAGAAGACGUGUCCGCUUUGCCGGACGGCGUUUGUGCCUGAUGACGACCGCGAGGAGUUUAAUAACCGGCUAUUAGCCGCCGCCGCCGCCGAGUCGGAGCUGGAGCUCCACCCUGAUGUUUACAGUGAGUAUGGUUCGGUUUGAUGAGGCUGCUGAGGAUAUUGAGAAAAAAACACUGUAUAUACAUGAAAAAUGUUGUGUCUAGUUUUGACUUUUGAGGAAAACAAAAAGAAGAGAAAAUUUUUUUGGAUUGUUUCUCUUUUGUUUUUGUAUAUUUUGAUAAUUGCUACCAGUAUUGAAAUAGAAAUACUACCCCAGAUUUUUCAUUUUCAAUUGAGAUGUUUGUUCUGGGUUGUAAGAAUUUGAUUAUCUUUUUUUUUUUUUCUGGGAUUGCAAGUAUCAAUUUUUUCUUCUUCUUCCAAGUAUCAAUUUUCUGGGUUUGAAAGAUGGUGAUUAAAUUGAGGAGGCUGAUGUUGUUGGGCAGGUAGCCCAUGUAUUUGUUUGGAGCUUUGGAUGUUGCCAGAGUCAGUCAAGUCAAUGCUAACACUCUUUAUUAUGACUUUGAAUGGAUUUUAAUUAUAUCCAACUAGAUUGACAAGGAAAAUAUUGAAUUUUAUUGCUUUUGAAUGAAUGAAUUUCGUUUGGUAACAAGCAUUAAUGCAUUAUUAUUCUGGAGUUUCUUUUUGUGUACUUUUAUCUUGAAGAUUUUUCUAUGAGUUCUUUAGAUUUUUAUUUCUAUUAUGAAGUUUUGGCAUGAUGAUGAGUCAUGAUGGCA